AUGUCUUCAGUAGACGCUACUACUCAAUCCAAGGCCGCUAUAUCAUCAACAGCUCCUUCCGAGGCCGCCACUCUUCCAUCAUCAUCUGAUCCCAACACAACAUCAACCGCACCGAUAACCCCAUCCAAGAAGAACAAGUGUGCUGUGGAAGGCUGCAUCGAACGACCAGUCAAGAUUAUUGGCGAUUGUCGGUACUGCCUAAACAAGUACUGCUCAAAGCAUAGAUUACCAGAGGCUCAUGUCUGUUCGGGGUUGCAAACAUGUCGAGAUGAAUCGGUCGCCAAGUUAACGGGAAAGCUCAUGGUUAGUGUUGCCGACUGGUAG